GACUGGGAGGCCGGGAGGCGGAGCGGCUCAUAGGGUUGCCUGGAGAGCCGCCUGCGUGGCUCGCGGGCCGGGGUUGGCCCCCUUCGUGACUAGUAGUCCUCGUUGUCGUCAUGGCGCCCACCAUCCAGACCCAGGCCCAGCGGGAGGACGGCCACAGACCCAACUCUCAUAGGACUCUGCCGGAGAGGUCGGGUGUGGUCUGUCGAGUUAAAUACUGCAACAGUCUUCCAGACAUCCCUUUUGAUCCCAAGUUCAUCACCUACCCCUUUGACCAGAACAGGUUUGUCCAGUACAAGGCAACCUCUCUAGAAAAGCAGCACAAACAUGAUCUGCUCACGGAGCCAGACCUGGGCGUCACCAUUGAUCUCAUUAACCCCGAUACCUACCGGAUCGACCCUAAUGUUCUUCUAGAUCCGGCAGAUGAGAAGUUACUGGAAGAGGAGAUCCAGGCCCCGACUAGUUCUAAAAGGUCCCAGCAGCAUGCCAAAGUGGUGCCCUGGAUGAGAAAGACAGAAUAUAUCUCCACGGAAUUCAAUCGCUAUGGCGUCUCUAACGAGAAGCCCGAAGUCAAGAUUGGGGUGUCGGUGAAGCAGCAGUUCACCGAGGAGGAGAUCUACAAAGAUCGAGACAGCCAGAUCACAGCCAUCGAGAAGACUUUUGAGGAUGCCCAGAAGUCGAUUUCUCAGCACUACAGCAAGCCAAGGGUUACUCCGGUGGAGGUGAUGCCCGUUUUCCCAGACUUCAAGAUGUGGAUCAAUCCAUGUGCCCAAGUGAUCUUUGACUCAGACCCAGCCCCCAAGGAUACCAGUGGUCCUGCAGCCCUGGAGAUGAUGUCUCAAGCCAUGAUCAGGGGAAUGAUGGACGAGGAGGGCAACCAGUUUGUGGCCUACUUUCUGCCGGUGGAAGAGACCAUGAGGAAGCGCAAGCGGGAUCAGGAAGAGGAGAUGGACUACGCACCAGAUGACGUCUACGAUUACAAGAUUGCCAGGGAGUACAACUGGAACGUCAAGAACAAGGCUAGCAAGGGCUAUGAAGAAAACUACUUCUUCAUCUUCCGAGAAGGUGACGGGGUCUACUACAACGAACUGGAAACCAGGGUCCGUCUCAGUAAACGUCGGGCCAAGGCCGGAGUGCAGUCCGGCACCAAUGCCUUGCUGGUGGUCAAACACCGGGACAUGAAUGAGAAGGAGCUGGAAGCACAGGAAGCUCGAAAGGCCCAGCUCGAGAACCAUGAGCCAGAGGAGGAGGAGGAAGAAGAGCUGGAGCUGGACAAGGAAGCCCCAGGCUCUGAUGAAGAACGGGAAAAGGGGAGUGGCAGUGAAAAGGAAGCCAGUGAGGAGGAGGAGGAGGAGCGCUCAGGAAGUGAGAGUGACCGUGGAGAGGAGGAGAAGGAGGAGAGUGACAAGAGCGGCAGCGGGGAGGAUGAGGCCGAGGAGGAGAGCAGUGAGGACGAAGCCCGCGCCGCGCGAGACAAGGAGGAGAUCUUCGGCAGCGAUGCAGACUCGGAAGAUGAGGAGGAAGAGGAGGAAGAGGAAGAAGAGGAUGAUGAUAGGGGAGGCCGGGCCAGGGGCAGUGGGGAAGAGGAGGAGGAGGAGGAAGAUAGCGGCAGUGAGGCCGGGCCUGGGCGGCGCAGUCCCAGCCCCUCCUUCCUCAGUGCCAGCGACCACUCGGCCCAGGAGGAUGGCAGCGAAGGGGGCGCCUCGGACUCCAGCGAGGAGGCCAGUGACAGUGACUGAGGCCGCCAAGCGGGCCGGGAGGGGCUGGGCCUCUCCAGCUCAGGCACCAUUCUCAGGACAAAUGGAAAAUACCUAUUCUUUUUUUUUUAAACUUUUGCUGUCAAUAAAGGCGAUGUGUUUACAAGCUGAAA